AGCGCUCAGCCCCAGCCCGCCCCGCCGCCAGCCCUCACGAUGCCGUGGCCGUUUUCUGAGUCUAUCAAGAAGAGGGCCUGUCGGUACCUCCUGCAGAGGUACCUGGGCCACUUCCUGCAGGAGAAGCUGAGCUUGGAGCAGCUCAGCCUGGACCUGUAUCAGGGCACCGGCUCCCUGUCCCAGGUCCCCUUGGACAAAUGGUGUCUCAAUGAAAUUUUGGAGUCAGCAGAUGCACCUUUAGAAGUCACGGAAGGAUUCAUUCAGUCAAUUUCUCUGUCAGUUCCAUGGGGCUCCUUACUACAGGAUAAUUGUGCACUUGAAGUGAAAGGGUUAGAAAUGGUCUUUCGACCUAGACCUCGCCUAGCAUCUGGUUCUGAGCCUAUGUACUGGUCAAGUUUCAUGACCAGCAGUAUGCAGUUGGCAAAAGAAUGUCUUAGCCAGAAACUAACAGAUGAACAAGGAGAAGGAUCCCAGCCUUUUGAAGGACUUGAAAAGUUUGCUGAAACCAUUGAAACAGUACUAAGAAGAGUAAAAGUAACUUUUAUAGACACUGUUUUGAGAAUUGAACAUGUGCCAGAAAAUUCCAAAACUGGAACUGCACUUGAAAUUCGAAUAGAAAGAACUGUCUACUGUGAUGAAACUGCUGAUGAAACCUCAGGAAUUAAUGUACAUCAGCCGACAGCUUUUGCUCACAAGUUACUUCAGCUCUCUGGAGUCUCUCUCUUUUGGGAUGAGUUUUCUGCAUCAGCAAAAUCUUCCCCAGUGUGUUCAACUGCACCAGUGGAAACUGAGCCCAAGCUGUCACCUAGCUGGAACCCCAAAAUUGUUUAUGAACCACACCCACAACUAACUAGAAAUUUACCAGAGAUAGCACACUCUGACCCGGUACAGAUUGGAAGUUUAGUCGGCAGGUUAGAGUUGAGUCUCACCUGGAAACAGAAUGAAGUACUUCCUGGAGCUAAGUUGGAUGUUGAUGGACAAAUAGAUUCCAUUCAUCUGUUCCUGUCACCAAGACAGGUACACUUACUAUUGGAUAUGUUAGCAGCUAUUGCUGGACCAGAAAAUUCUAGCAAAAUAGGAUUAGCUAAUAAAGAUAGGAAAAACCGACCCAUGCAGCAGGAAGAUGAAUAUCGAAUUCAGAUGGAAUUAAACCGCUAUUAUUUAAGAAAAGAUUCCCUGUCUGUGGGUGUACCUUCAGAGCAAAGCUUUUAUGAGACAGAAAAUGCUCGUACACCUUCUAGCCGUGAUGAAGAAGUGUUCUUCUCCAUGGCUGAUAUGGAUAUGUCCCAUAGUCUCUCUUCUCUUCCACCUCUUGGGGACCCACCAAAUAUGGACCUAGAGUUAUCAUUAACUAGUACAUAUACAAAUACCCCAGCAGGAUCUCCAUUAAGCACUACUGUGCUUCAGCCUACUUGGGGAGAGUUCCUUGAUCAUCAUAAAGAGCAGCCAGUAAGAGGGUCAACAUUCCCUUCUAACCUAGUCCAUCCAGCAUCUUUACAGAAGGCUGCUCUCCCUUCUAGGUCUGUUUCAGUGGAUGAAUCCAGGCCUGAGCUUAUUUUUCGACUCACUGUUGGAACCUUUUCAGUCUCUGUGCUUCACAUUGAUCCUUUAUCUCCACCUGAAACAUCACUGAACCUCAAUCCAUUGACACCUAUGGCCAUAGCUUUCUUCACUUGUAUAGAAAAGAUUGAUCCAGCAAGAUUUUCAACAGAAGAUUUUAAGUCUUUGCGAGCAGUAUUUUCAGAAGCUUGCUUGCAUGAUCACCUGAGAUUUAUAGGUACUGGCAUCAAAGUCUCCUAUGAACAAAGACAGAGAUCUGCUUCCCGCUGUUUUAGUACUGACAUGUCCAUUGGGCAAAUGGAGUUUCUGGAGUGUCUGUUUCCUACUGAUUCUCGUUCAGUUCCUCCUCAUUAUACAGAGCUUCUAAUGUUCCAUUCCAAAGGAGGAACUGAUGGCCCCCCUCCUCUGUGUCUUCAGCUUCAUUAUAAACAUUCUGAGAAUAGAGGACCCCAGGGUAAUCAAGCAAGACUUAGUUCAGUUCCUCAGAAGGCUGAGUUAAAAAUUAAAUUAAGUCCAGUAUGUUGUGAACUGGAUAUCAGUAUUGUGGACAGGUUAAAUUCCUUGCUUCAACCACAGAAACUUACUACAGUAGAGAUGAUGGCAUCACACAUGUAUACAUCAUAUAAUAAGCAUAUUAGCCUGCACAAGGCUUUCACUGAAGUAUUUCUAGAUGAUUCACAUAACCCUGCAAAUUGUCGGGUGUCAGUACAAGUUGCCACACCAGCGUUAAAUCUUUCUGUUCGCUUUCCAAUCCCUGAUCUUCGGUCAGAUCAAGAAAGAGGACCAUGGUUUAAGAAGUCACUUCAGAAAGAGAUCCUUCACUUAGCAUUCACAGAUCUGGAAUUUAAGACGGAGUUUAUAGGAGGAUCAACCCCAGAACAAAUUAAAUUGGAACUUACCUUUAGAGAACUAGCUGGGUCAUUCCAGGAAGAGAAAGGAGAACCCUCUAUUCAGUUUUUCCAUGUAAUUGGUGGAGUGGAUGGAGAUACAGCAUCGUCAGAUGACUUUGAUUGGCCACGAAUGGUACUGAAAAUAAACCCACCGGCCAUGCAUUCCAUCUUGGAAAGAAUAGCGGCUGAGGAGGAGGAGGAGGAAAAUGAUGGUCACUACCAGGAAGAGGAGGAAGGAGGUGCUCAUUCCCUGAAAGAUGUCUGUGAUCUAAGGAGACCAGCCCCAUCUCCUUUUUCUUCCCGUAGAGUAAUGUUUGAAAAUGAACAGAUGGUGAUGCCAGGAGACCCUGUAGAAAUGACAGAGUUUCAGGACAAGGCAAUCAGCAAUUCUCAUUAUGUGUUGGAACUUACAUUUCCAAAUAUUCAUAUAACACUACCUAAUAAAAGCUUUUAUGAGAAGCUUUAUAAUAGGAUCUUUAAUGACUUGCUACUGUGGGAACCAACAGCCCCUUCACCGGUGGAGACCUUUGAAAAUAUUUCAUAUGGCAUUGGGCUUUCAGUAGCCAGCCAACUGAUUAACACCUUCAACAAAGAUAGUUUCACUACAUUUAAAUCUACAGUUCACUAUGAUGAAGAAAGUGGAUCUGAAGAAGAGACUAUGCAGUAUUUUUCUACUGUCGAUCCUAACUAUCGUUCCCGUAGGAAAAAAAAAUUAGACUUUCAGAACAAGCACUCUCAGAGCUUUCUCUCAGUUCUUCUGAAUAUUAAUCAUGGAUUAAUGGCCUUGUUCACAGAUGUAAGGCAAGAUAAUGGCGAUCUCUUGGAAAACAAGCAUGGUGAAUUCUGGUUAGAAUUCAAUAGUGGCUCAUUGUUUUGUGUGACAAAAUAUGAAGGUUUUGAUGACAAGCAUUAUAUUUGCCUUCAUUCUAGCAGUUUCAGUCUGUACCACAAAGGCAUAGUAGAUGGAGUGAUUCCUCCUACAGAAGCACGAUUGCCCUGUUCAACUCGCCCACAUUGGUUGGAACCUACUAUUUAUUCUUCUGAAGAAGAUGGCCUCAGUAGAACUGCUUCAGAUGGGGUUGGAGGAGACAAUUUGAAUAUGCUCUCUGUUGCAGUUAAAAUAUUGUCUGAUAAAUCAGAGUCCAAUACAAAGGAAUUUCUCAUUGCUGUGGGACUAAAAGGAGCCACUCUCCAGCACAGAAUGCUUCCUGCUGGCCUCAGCUGGCAUGAGCAGAUUUUAUACUUCUUGAAUAUUGUUGAUGAACCUGUUUUGGGAUAUAAUCCUCCAACUGCAUUUACAACUUUUCAUGUUCAUCUUUGGAGCUGUGCGCUUGAUUACAGGCCUCUUUAUUUGCCAAUUCGAUCUCUUCUUACUGUUGAAACGUUCAGCAUUUCUAGUAGUGUUGCAUUGGAUAAAUCUUCUUCUACUCUCAGAAUAAUCAUGGAUGAGGCUGCUUUACAUCUGUCUGAUAAAUGUAAUACUGUCACAAUAAAUCUGAAUAGAGAUUAUGUUCGUGUGAUGGAUAUGGGGCUUUUAGAAUUAACCAUAACUGCAGUGAAGUCGGAUUCUGAUGGAGAGCAAACCGAGCCUCGCUUUGAAUUACAUUGCUCUAGUGACAUUGUCCAUGUCAGAACAUGCUCAGACUCUUGUGCUGCAUUGAUGAAUCUCAUUCAAUACAUCGCAAGUUAUGGUGACUUACAGACACCUAACAAGGCAGAGAUGAAGAUGGGAGCUCCUCAGAGAAAGCCCAAGGUAGAUUCCUGUGGUCGGUUGUCAUCACGUGGUCCAGUUCUUCCUGAAGCAGAUCAACAGAUUUUACGAGAUUUGAUGAGCGAUGCUAUGGAGGAGAUCGACAUACAGCAAGCUUCUUCAAAUGUAAAACCACAGGCUAAUGGCAUUUUGGAUGAAAAGUCUCAAAUUCAGGAACCGUGUUGUUCAGAUCUCUUCCUAUUCCCAGAUGAGAGUGGGAAUGUGUCUCAGGAGCCUGGCCCCACUUACCCCUCCUUUACUCACCACUUGAUUAGCGAUGCAAUGACGGGUGUGCCCACUGAAAAUGAUGACUUUUGCAUCCUUUUUGCACCAAAAGCAUCUAUCCAGGAGAAGGAAGAAGAACCAGUUAUAAAAAUCAUGGUCAAUGAUGCAAUUGUGAUAAGAGACAAUUAUUUUAGUCUGCCCAUUAAGAAGACAGAUACAAGCAAAGCCCCGUUGCACUUUCCUAUCCCUGUAAUUCGGUAUGUGGUUAAGGAAGUCUCUCUUGUGUGGCACCUUUAUGGAGGCAAGGACUUUGGAACAAUGCCCCCUUCUUCUCCAGCUAAAAGUUACAUAAGUCCCCAUAGUUCUCCUUCUCAUACACCCACAAGACAUGGACGUAAUGCAGUAUAUGGGGGAAAGGGAAGGAACCAUGACUUCUUAAUGGAAAUACAGUUAAGCAAGGUGAAAUUUCAGCAUGAAGUCUACCCCUCAUGCAAACCAGAAUGUGAUUCUAGCCUCUUAGAACACCCAGUCUCUCGGCAGGUGUUCAUUGUUCAGGACCUUGAAAUUCGAGAUCGGUUGGCAACAUCACAAAUGAAUAAAUUUUUGUACCUGUAUUGCAGCAAAGAAAUGCCUCGAAAAGCUCAUUCCAACAUGUUGACAAUUAAAGCAUUACAUGUGCGACCAGAGUCUGGCAGGUCACCACAGGAAUGCUGCUUGAGAGUAUCAUUAAUGCCACUACGCCUCAAUAUUGACCAGGAUGCCUUGUUCUUCCUAAAGGAUUUCUUCACAAGUCUUUCUACAGAAGUGGAGCUUUUACUGACUCCAGAUCCAGAAGUUAAAAAGUCUCCUGGAGCCGAUGUCACUUGCAGUUUGCCAAGGCAUUUGAGCACUUCAAAGGAGCCAAACCUAGUUUUUUCUUUCCCUGGGCCAAAGCCUCCUCAAAACAGUAGUGCCAAUUCCAUGGAGGUAGUUAAUGGAGUAGAAGAAAAGGACUUCUCAGCUGAAGAGGUGUUGUUCAGUGAUCAGCCUAUGUUUUUUAGAGAAUUCAGGUUCACUGCGGAAGUUCCUAUUCGACUUGAUUAUCAUGGCAAACAUGUUUCAAUGGAUCAGGGUACAUUAGCUGGGAUUUUGAUUGGCUUGGCUCAGCUAAACUGCUCUGAACUGAAGCUGAAAAGGCUCUUCUAUCGGCAUGGUUUACUAGGUGUUGAUAAGUUAUUCUCAUAUGCAAUCACUGAGUGGCUUAAUGACAUUAAGAAGAACCAGUUGCCAGGAAUCCUGGGUGGUGUUGGACCUAUGCAUUCACUAGUACAAUUAGUACAAGGCCUGAAGGACUUGGUCUGGCUACCCAUAGAACAGUACCGGAAGGAUGGCCGCAUUGUCAGAGGGUUCCAGAGAGGCGCUGCUUCCUUUGGCACCUCCACAGCAAUGGCUGCUCUAGAACUCACCAACAGAAUGGUUCAGACCAUACAGGCAGCAGCAGAGACUGCUUACGACAUGGUGUCUCCUGGUACCCUCUCCAUUGAGCCCAGGAAGACCAAAAGAUUUCCUCAUCACCGCUUAGCCCACCAGCCAGUAGACCUGAGGGAAGGUGUGGCCAAGGCAUACAGUGUUGUGAAGGAGGGAAUUGCAGAUACAGCUCAAACCAUUUAUGAAACAGCUGCUCGGGAGCAUGAGAGCAGAGGGGUAACUGGUGCUGUGGGUGAAGUCCUGCGCCAGAUUCCUCCAGCAGUGGUGAAACCUCUCAUUGUUGCCACAGAAGCAACAUCAAAUGUGUUAGGUGGCAUGAGAAACCAAAUUAGACCAGAUGUUCGGCAAGACGAAUCUCAGAAAUGGCGCCAUGGGGAAGAUUGAUGUUCCCUUGUGACUGGUCAUGAAGAGGGUGAGAGUGCACGUAAGGCACCGUGUCCUGCCAGCAGCUUUAGAGAAAGCUCAUUUAUUUUAUUGUGUUCAUCUCAGGAACAAAAGCAUCCUUUAGUUGUAAUUUAAUGUCAAAACAACAUGCAACCAAAACCUGACAUUUUAGGGCUAGUUUGGUACUGUCCUGUAGAAACGUUGAGUGGUUGGUGUCAAAGCAUUCGCUGCCAAGUAGAAUGCUUACUUUUACUCAGAUGCUUGUAAAUCUCCUUACAGACAUUGGAAACCUCCUUUUACAGUGUAGAAUGCUCCAAAACCUUGGUGUACUCGGGAAACACCGGGGAACAUGUUUGUAGCUCUGAGGAGCUGACUUUUCCCCUUAUAGCAACAAAAGCUACAGGGGAAGCAAAGCAUAAAGGAUUUCCAAUACUGUGUCAGUGAGAAAGCGUAGUGUGCUCUGUGGGAUUGUAUGUCUAUGCCCUUCCCAAUUCCCUGGAAAAUCCUGUGGGGACAGAGAAAGUGAAUGUCACAGACAUUGUCCUUUGUGUUGCACUUUAUCCUGUGUGUGUGUGAGUGCGUGUGUGUAUGUGUGUGUUCAGAUAAUGCAAGUCAUGUGCUGUAUUCUUUAUGUCAUUUACAAAAUCACUUAUAAAAUACGAAGCAGAGUAAAUGUGUCUGAAAGUUUUGGGGAAAGUAACCCCCCAAAUAAUAGUUACCUUUAUUUUUAAGUAUAAGUGAAAAAGCUCAUUGUAUAGUGAACCAGGGCCCAUAUAAUUGAUAUGUUUGAUUUUAAAGCAGGUAUAAUACAAGUUUGUUGUCAAUGUGUGGACAGGGAGAUUGAAAGUGGGUGUUACUCUUUGAAAAAUAAAAAUCUUCCAAAUAAUGCUCUAGUCAGCUAAUUCAAAGUACCAUUUUUACUUGAUUAACAAUGUACAUUUUGAUAACCUGUCAGGAAUGAAUAAAGUUUUUAUUUAAAGGUAAA